AGUAGAAAUACGUAGUUACUUCAUGUGUAGAACUUGAAACCCGGAAGGGGAAUAUAAGCAGCCUACAUCCAUCCUAAAUCAGCGGCAUCCUCAACUUAUUUUUGCAUCUCUGCAAAUUUGCACCUUUAAGGAUUACCUUUUGAUUCAAGUUUGCAACAAUUUCAUUGCAAGAUGGUGCUAAAGUUCUUCUACACGUCAGUGCCGUCAACUACUUCACUUCAAAAGAAACAGGAACGCAUCAAGAUGGUGCUCACAUCCUUCAAGCUUGACCUUGAGAUGAUCGACAUCAGUUCCACAGAUGAAGAUACAGAGGAAAAUCGGAAAUUCAUGAGGGCAAAUGCAAAGAGUCGGACAUCCACUCACCCCCUCCCUCCUCAGCUAUUCAACGACGACACUUACUGUGGGGACUAUUUAGAUUUUGAAGAUGCAAUAGAAGGCAACUGCUUAAUGGCCAUGCUGAAGCUGGAUACACAAGUGUCGCAGGCUACGGUCACUCUCUCGGAUGAUGAAGAGGAAAAGAAGGAUGAGGAAACAGAAAAAACUCCCUUAAUAGAGGAUGUUGCUAAAAAUGAGGAGGAGGCUGCAAAGACUGAGGACGGGGAAAAAUCUGAAGAGACCGAUGGAGAGAAACCAUCUGAGGCCUCAGAGGAAAGUUCAGAGGUCAAGGCCGACGAGAGUUCAGAAGCCAAAGACGAGGCCGUUACUGAGGAGAAGAGUGAUGAAGCCAAACCAGCAGAGGAGGAGGAAAAAAACUCUGAGGAGAAGGAUAAAACAGACGCAGAUACUGUAGAAGAUAAAGAAAAAAUAGAUGAGAACGUCGAUGAUAAAAAAACAUCAGAGGAAACAAUAAAAGAAAACAGUAAAGCUGAGGAGUCUGAUGACAAACCUACCGAACAAGUAUGUGAACCAGAUACGGAACCAGAUACUGAACGAGAUACUGAGCAAGUGUCUGAACAAGAGAAUGGUAAAGCUGGUGGAGACGAUAAAUCAGAUGAUAAAGUAAAUGUAGAAACGUCUGAUGAGACUGAUAAGAAGGAAGAAGAUGUGGAAAAUGACAAUGAUAAAAAGGACGCAGAGGAUAGCACAGCUAAGUCAGACGAGGAACCAGAAGAAAAAGUUGUGAAAGAGGCUACCCCAGAACCUGCGAAAGAACCAACGCCGCCUCCGAAAGAACCAACACCACCGCCCAAAGAGCCAACGCCACCUCCGAAAGAGCCAACGCCCCCUCCUAAAGAGCCUACGCCACCUCCUAAAGAGCCUACGCCACCUCCUAAAGAGCCAACGCCACCCCCGAAAGAACCAACGCCACCUCCUAAAGAGCCAACACCACCUCCAAAAGAGCCUACGCCUCCUCCUAAAGUGCCUACCCCAGAACCUGUGGUAGAUUGGGAACCUGAGGACAAUUCCUUGGAGGCAAAGAGGAAGAGGCGAGCAGCAGAAAGGGCCGCUAGAGCUGCUGCAGCUGGAGAGGAGGUGGAAGAAGAUGCUGGGGAAAGGAGAAGACGUCGGAGGGAGGAGCGUGAGGCUGAGGACACCAGUGGAGAGUCGGCAGCUGAAAGGCGCAGAAGGAGGAGGCGAAACCAAGACGACUAGAUAAAUCAAGAACAAAUCCGAUGAAGAGCAGCAGCAAGUUCAGGAGUAGAUGUGUUGAUGUGAAUGGCCUACAGAUUCCCACGCCUUUCCGCAUCUCCAUAUUUCGCAAUCCUGACCAGAGAUGGACACGUAGAAUUCGUAGAAAUGUGAAAUUCAGACCUAUUGGCUGCAAAUGGACAAAAUGGCUGCACUAUGGAAAGCAAACCAGAAUAACGCUAAAAAUAAGCUGCUUACCAAGCAUGUUUUAGGUCCAUAUACUCAUUAGUUCUCCGUGCUGGAACCAGUGAUAUAUGGCUGGUAGGCAAUUUUGCAGAAUUUUUGCAGCUGUAUUUUAAAUCUAUUCCCAUUGAUCAUGAUGUUCAGCGUAAUGUUCUAAUCUAUUCAAGCGAAUAGUUGAAGAUUGUCAUUAGGGAUUGUUCAAAGGCCAUAUUACACCAAACACAUGUUGUGUUCAUCUUCAAGAGUUUAAAGAAAUAAGUCUUUUGCAUUCUCUGUCUAGUUAUAACAAUAUUGUACAACUAUUGAGUGCUGACAUAAGUACUUGCUUGACCUAACCAAUCUUUUUACCAUUAGGUAUAUAUAUAUAUAUAUUUGCAUACUAUGUACCACAAGCUAUGAUAAUUAUGUGUACAUGUAUUUUUAUUAAUUUACAAGUUUGUUUACUUGACGCUGUAAGUGACAGAACACGUUUAAGAGAUUAGCCAUAGUUGAAUGCACUCGGAUUGUUUAUUGAGCAUUAUUUUGCCACCAAAUGAUUUCUGUUAGGGGUUGAUGUAUGUUAUUUUGUUCUUUUUACCCAUAAAAUUGUCUGAGAGGAAAAGAAAUAUUGUAAAUCAUUUUCAUGUCAGUGUUUGUAGUCUGAAAUUAUAUAUAUGUAUAUUUUUGCUCAAAAGAAGUUCAAGCGCUUAAUUGAAGUGAUUUAAUUUGCCAAGGGGUGCAGUACACGUUGAUUAUCUCCCUUUAACAAUAAGGUGUAGGUGAAGUAAGGAGACGGUACUUUCAUUUUUAACCUCAAAUUAUGCUUUUAAUUGAAUUAUUUUGAUUCAUUACUAUACUUGAUUAAUUUCUAGACUUGCUUAUGGUAUUAUGUUCAGGAGUCAAAUGACACAGAAGUAUGUCUUAGAAACGAGGAAAUAUAUAUGAUAAUGGUCAUCAGAAGAACUUGACAAAACAUUAUUUCAGUAUGAGUAACACUUACUUUAGUUUUAGUAUUUACAAUCGACUACAAUGUACCACCAUCAAUAGAAUGGAUAAAAAUCUCAAUUAAAUCUCAAUUAAAUCUCAAUUAAAGGAGCUCUCCUGCCAAGCAUAAAUUACUUGUCUUUUUGCAAUAUUUAAUUUGUACUUAUGAACGUUAAUUUUUCGGUUAUAUAUUUGAUCUAUGUUAAACUAUAGUAACUAGUUUAGUACAUAGUAUGUACCCAUGUACAGCUUUUUGUAUCUUACAUGACAUGAACCUUCUUUAUUUAUUUAUGACUUGUUUUGUUGACCCUUAUUUUGUGUACCCUUGGGUUAGUUGAUUCUCUUCAUUCCAUGUGUUAUUUUAAAUGAUGUUAAGUAUUUCUGGGGUGUGAAGUAUUGUGAGCAUUGUAGCAAGAUUAGAAUUUAUAUAAUCUCAUUAUGUGACUGGUCGAUAAAAUGUUCAUUUAUUGAGCUUUCCUAAUUAACCCUUUCGCCACUGUAGACCAUAAUGGACUCAUCCGAAUCAAUGCAUGGAAGAGUUUACUGACGUUACAUAGGGGUGAAGGGGUUAAGCUUGUUAUUUGUUCCAUGGUGCUUAUGUCAUGUCCUGCUUAUUUCCUCAAAUACCGUAUUGUUAAGUGUGUGGCCCAGAAUAAAGCACAAAGAUCAUGUUAAAUUUGUUUUCAUGAUUAAUAUAAAUUGAUAUUGAUAUCAAGCUUUAUAAUGUACAAUUUCAACAACUCUAAUGAAUAAUUAAGAGAAAAAUAAACGAUUAUGCGUAUUUCUUUCUUAUAUGAUUUAAACCUUGCCAGAUAUCUAUUUUAAAACAAAACUGUGGUCAAUGACUGACUUCAUGAGCAUGUAGUAAAAUAUAUAAUCAAUGUCAACAAAUCUCCUGAUUAUGUAUAGAGCUAUGUAGUCUGUGUAAACAUCUAUAUAGUGAUUACAUGCUGUGGAUAUGCAUUGUUUUUGAAAUGGUAAACCAUUGAAUCAAACACCAUCGGGUGAUAUUGUGCUAGUCAUGUACAGUGUUGACAGGAUAGGGCUGUCAUGUCAGAUUUCUAUAGUACGCUCAGUUAACUCCCAGUAUUAUCAUCCUAUUACAACGGGUAUGCCAUCUUCACACUGCUUUAUACAUAUUCAUAAGCUAGAUUUGCAUAUCAUUAACUUCUGCCAUAUUGAAAUCAAAGUCACGUAAAGACGUAUCUUUUUUUUUUUUCACCAUUAGAGUUACUUCCCUUAUAAGUAACAACCAGUAAAAACUGGUUUACUUAGUUAACGAAGCUCUCCUGAAAAACAAAGAUCAUGUUUUUUGUUGGUUUUGUGUACUCCAAUUGGACAUAAAACCAUAUUAUACUGGCGAAAUCAGCUCCAUAAAAACCAUGUCCAAUAGGACUUUGAUUGAUGUUUUGAUAUUUUUGUUCACCAUAACUGCUGCAUGUUUUUGUCCUUGUAAGUUGAGGUAAACCCAUCAGUGCAAUACCCCUUCUCAUCCAUUUUCAAUAAUGCUGUAUUUUUUGUGUUUUUGAAUCGCAUUAUCCUGGAAGCCUCAAAGCUCAUACCCACUUUUGUUUAUCAUGUUCCUAAGUUUGACUAGUAGGACCAAUGUUGUUGGUUUAGUAAAUAGGAUCUGACCUAGCGGUCUUGUCAAAACCUUUCUAGACCUGAAUUAACAUUAACCUGUCUGCUAGGCCAUCAGACUUGAUUUAACAUUUACCUGUCUGCUAGGCUGUCGCAUCUAACGGUAGAGGAACCUGACUCCACGUAAAACCUUAGUCUAAAGUUUCUGGGAAACUAUUUGUUUUAAAUGAGCUCCUGGCAUAGAUGUUUGUUAUAUGAUCAGCCAAUCUUAGAUUUGGUUAUCAUGUAAUGAUUAAAAUGACCAUAGCUGUUAAUAGGACGUAAAACACUAACAAACCAAACAUCAUGCAAUGAUUAAAAUAAUAUUAAAAAAAAAAAGUAAUUGUGCAGUAAAAUGUACAGAAUGUUAACUUGAGGUUUUGUGAUGUAGUGUGUAGUUUUCUAGACUGAAACACAUUAGUUGGGAUUUUAAUGUAGUCUCUGUACAAAGCAGUAGAUAUUUUGGAGUACUUCCCACCCAGAUGAGAUAUAGAAGUAGAACUGCUUAAGUAGACUUACCUCAGGCCAUCACUCAAAAACACUAGGUGCUAUUUUCUAGGAUAAUGGUUUACAAGUUAGUAUAUUUACAUGCUUUUAGUUUUUUUUGCACAAAUGCGAUAGUGUAAAUGUACAUAGCAGAUUCUACCUGCCAAACUGUUGUUUGGAAUAAUGUAAUCACCAUUUUUUUACUAACAGAUGAGGGUACUUCAGAAAUUAUUUAUAAAACCAUGGAUUUAGCUGAUGUAAUUCCGUGCUAUUUAGACCAAGAACCAUUUAAGUACAACUAUUUCGUGACUAAAUGUAUUCUGACCAUUUACGUUGUAUUUCGUGGUUCAGACGGCAUAUAAUGAAGAAGCUUUGUUGGGUAAUUUCAUUUUGUAUUUUCUAAAUUCUGCAACUUUUAAAAUGAAAUACUAGUUGUCAUUAGUGCUAUGUUUGAAUUGCAGAAGAUUUAUCAUUCCUUGUGAACUUACAAUUUGAUAAUUUUCUAAAUCAAAGUUUCUUUUUUGAUUGUAAUGAAAUCUUGGGCAAUAACUUUUGUGGUAAGAAUCCAGGCUUGCUGAGAAGAGGAACAUAUUUUGUUAGAAGUCAUAGUCGGAAGUAUCAAGACAAUCUAUUACUGAUGAGACAUUCCUGGCAGGAAUAUGCAUUAGAAUUUUUAACAAGAAUAAGCCUUAAAAAUCAAUUGAUAUGAAUACCAUUGACAUUGUGAAUAGUCCCAGACCAUCAUUUAAAGAUGGAUCAGACAUGCUGUCUCGGUUAUAAAUCUUUCAAUCUAUGUACCCUUCCGACCUAUGUACCCUCGAUGCCUCUUCAGAUUUUUUGUCACAAGUCUAGAAAAAACUCUCUUUGCCCUUGUGCAAGAUCUUGCCUGUUUAUCCAUGUACUCUUGGCUUAUAUUAAUUAUCUCUCCAAUAUUGAAAAUAAUUUCCAAACAGACCUUCACCUGUGGCCAUCAUCACAUUUAUUUAAUACAUGUACCUGCAAAAAUAAGAUAUUAGUAUCGGAGUUCAGGGUCAAACAAGUGGAGUAUCAUCACUGCUGUCUCUUCGCUGCUUGCUUAGUUUUCAACCCUUUAGGUGUGAAAGUACCGUCUGCUAGAGCUGAGGGAAAGAUAGGCAUGGCAGUCAAUGGUUCGCAUAUAAUAUCGGUAAAUAUUGGGAAUUUUUUCAUUUCAGUCUCCAGCAAUAUUUAGUUGAACACAAUUGUGAUUUAUUUACGAUACUGCAACCUGACUGAUACUUAUCCACCAAAUCACAGACAUCAAGAGAUUGCUAUUAAAAGUGUCGUGUAAAGUUUAGCUUAUAGUCAGCUUACCAUCUUGAUAAAAACUUAUGACAUGCUCACAACUGAAAUGAAAAUUUCUAGUCUUUUGACAUAUUUCUCCGAGACUUUAAUUUUGAGGUUUUUUUUAUUAAGUUCUGAAAGUCACAAUGACAAUGUAUACUUAUUAUUUUAUCAAAUUGAAACAUGCCAACCAGUGUGUAUUGUAUUAAACAUUAAUGUACCAA